CUGAGGAGACAGAGAGGGAGAAGCGGAGAAACGAGAAAACCCUCCUGAUCCUCUUGCUGCUGCUGCGCACAGACAAAAGGAGACCGGGAGCAAACAGACGGACAGACACGCAGACAGACGGGCGGGCAGAGCGCGGCACAGACGGACGGACAGCUGGGAGGAUGGGCCGGCGGAGCGGCCGUCGGUAGCGCUCUGAUUUCGGGGACGGAGCUCCAGGAUGAGCGUAGCGCUGCAGGACCUCCGGAACACCAUGUCCAGCUAUAAGCGAGCGACCCUGGAGGAGGAGGAAGUGUCCGACACUCCAGCUGAGGCAGCCUCGUCUCCUGAUAGAGUGGAGGUGGGCUUCAGGAAGGGCGGCGUAGACAUCUUGGGCAGGAGGACUCAGCUGGAGGUUCUGCUCUCAGUCCUGCUGCUGGCCGCCCUCCUGGCGCUGCUGGCUUGCCUGGUGGUUCUGGGACUCGGAUUCAGCUCAGACAGUGGGCGUGGCCUGUGCCUGUCAGAGGCGUGCGUCACUGUGGCCAGUCAGAUUGUGGAGGCGAUGGACCGCGUCGCUGACCCCUGCCAGGACUUCUACCAGUUUGCCUGCGGAGGCUGGAUGAGGAAGAACCCUCUGCCUGACGGACGCUCGCGCUGGUCCACGUUCAACAGCAUCUGGGAGCAGAACCAGGCGCUGCUCAAACACCUGCUGGAGAACGGGACGUUUAAUGGCAGCAGCGAAGCUGAGAGGAAGACUCAGUCCUACUACCUGUCCUGCCUCAACACUCAGAGGAUUGAAGAGCUUGGAGCUCAGCCUCUCAUAGACCUAAUCACCAAGAUCGGAGGCUGGAACAUGACGGGUCCCUGGGACAAAGACAACUUCAUGGAGGUUCUGAAGGUGGUCUCGGGUCCAUACCGAGCUCAGCCAUUCUUCAGUGUUGGUGUCAGUGCUGAUCCCAAAAACUCCAACAGUAACGUCAUUCAGGUGGACCAAUCAGGGCUUUUCCUGCCGUCCAGGGAUUAUUACCUUAACAAGACAGCAAAUGACAAGGUGCUGCUGGCAUACCUGGACUACAUGGUGGAGCUGGGGAUGCUGCUGGGGGGCGAGAGGAGCUCCACUCAGGCUCAGAUGCAGCAGAUUAUGGAGUUUGAGACAGCGCUUGCGAACAUCACCGUCCCACAGGACCAGCGACGGGACGAGGAGAAGAUCUACCACAAGGUCACCAUCGCUGAGCUACAGCUGCUGGCUCCAGCCAUAGACUGGUUGGAUUACCUGUUGUCCUCUCUGUCUCCUCUGGAGCUAAACGACACCGAACCCGUCGUCCUGUAUGCCAAAGAGUACCUUCAACAGGUGUCCGAGCUCAUCAACAAGACGGACCGCAGUCUGCUGAAUAACUACAUGAUGUGGACGUUGGUCCAGAAGAGCGUGGUCAGUCUGGAUCAGCGCUUCGAGAACGCUCAGGACAAACUGCUGGAGAGUCUCUACGGGACCAAGAAGUCCUGCACCCCGCGCUGGCAGACCUGCAUCGGGAACACCGAUGACACCCUGGGCUUCGCCCUGGGAGCGCUGUUCGUCAAGGCAACGUUCGACAAACACAGCAAAGAGAUUGCUGAGGAAAUGAUCAAUGCGAUCCGGUCGGCAUUUAAAGACGCUCUGGACCAGCUCAGGUGGAUGGACGACCAGACGAGACAGGCUGCAAAGGACAAGGCAGAUGCGAUCUAUGACAUGAUCGGUUUCCCAGAAUUCAUCCUGGACCCCAAAGAGUUGGACGAUGUUUAUGACGGGUACGACGUGUCAGACGACAGCUUCUUCCAGAACAUGCUGAACUUCUACAACUUCUCUGCUCGAGUGAUGGCCGACCAGCUGAGGAAGACUCCCAACAAAGACCAGUGGAGUAUGACUCCUCCUACAGUUAAUGCCUACUACAUGCCUACUAAGAACGGCAUCGUCUUCCCUGCUGGGAUCCUGCAAGCUCCUUUCUACGCCCACGACCACCCCAAGGCACUGAACUUUGGUGGAAUCGGGGUAGUGAUGGGUCACGAGCUCACGCAUGCCUUUGAUGAUCAGGGUCGUGAGUAUGAUAAAGAAGGCAACUUGAGGCCGUGGUGGCAGAACUCGUCAGUGGAGGCGUUUCGUCAGAGAACCGAGUGUAUGGUGGAUCAGUACAGCCGCUACACCGUCAAUGGAGAACACAUCAAUGGAAAACAGACGCUUGGAGAAAACAUUGCUGACAAUGGAGGGCUGAAGGCAGCGUAUCAUGCCUAUCAGUCGUGGAUCCAGAGAAACGGAGAGGAGAAAAGACUUCCUGCUGUCAAUCUGACCAAUGACCAGCUCUUCUUCGUUGGAUUUGCACAGGUGUGGUGCUCAGUUCGAACACCAGAGAGCGCUCAUGAGGGCCUGGUGACCGACCCCCACAGUCCUCCCCGAUACAGAGUCAUUGGCACACUCGCCAACUCUCCGGACUUCAGCCGCCACUUUAACUGCCCCGAAGGGACGCCCAUGAAUACCGGGAAGCGCUGCGAG